AUGGUUGUUAUUGAGGAAGCUGGCAGUAUCAAGGAGGAAGCGGACGGCAAUCUACUCGAUCUGGAGAAGAAAGUGGAUGUGUUGAACGAACAAGUGCAGGAAAUUGCCAGUAGAGCAAAUGUCGCUGAAAAAAGAUUGCAGGAGGUCACCAGAUUCACGCUGAAUGUCAUGCACAGUUCUGUGACCACUUUGUGUCUUUUGCAGGAAAAUACCCAGAAAGGGUGUGAAUUUCUUAGGGUAAGAAACUUGCAUGGGAAUAUUGCACUUCACCUUGCAGCCUUGUAUGAUCAUCUCAAAUUGGUGGAAAAGUUUGUUGAAGUAAUGCAAGGAGAUGUAGAGGCCGGUAACUUUGUGAGGUUUGAAAAUCUUCAAGGAAACACUACAUUGUAUGAAGCUACAAAGGAGGGAAAUUAUAAGACCGUGAAGGUAUUAUUGAAUCAUGAUGCUGGUCUGAGAAGUGUAUCAAAUUGUGAGGCUAAAAUGGCUUUGUCUAUAGCUUCUCAGAGAGGUCAUAUACGCUUUGUUGAGGCAUUGUUGUGUUGUACGACUCCUAUCAACAAUAUGGAGCCUGGUCAUCAUGAUGACUUGACCAGCGUAUCAAAUCGUGAGGGUGAAGAAAUCACGUCUUCCCAGAGUGGUCAUACAAAGAGAUUGUUGCUGCUCAUGCAUUCCAACACAACUUCCAAACACCACUUCAUGUUGUGGUGCUCUGUGGACAUGUAG